GCGCCGAUUUCGGGAAUAUCGGCUGUGCUGGGUGUGAAAGACGGAGGAGGUGUCGCAGCUCGGUCGGCAGCCAAGGGAGCAAACCCAGACCCCGGCCCCGUCCGGCCCCACGGCACCGGCUGAGGAAGGGACGGAGCCCGUGGGAAGCUCAGCUCCAUCCCCAGGGAUACAGGAGGGGCAGUUUGGGGCACACUGCCGGUGCUGCCGCGUGUGGCCCCAUGGGGACCCCAGCCCCGUCCCCAUGGGCAGUGCUGGUGCUCGCUCCGGUGCUGCUGGGACUCUGGGCUCCCUGUGUGGGGAGCAGGCAGCCCAACUUCAUCGUCAUCCUGGCCGAUGACGUGGGCUGGGGGGAUCUGGGCGCCAACUGGGCAGAGACGAAGGAGACCCCGCGUUUGGAUCAGCUGGCUGCUGAAGGAACAAGGUUCGUGGAUUUCCACUCGGCUGCCUCCACGUGCUCCCCGUCCCGCGCCUCGCUGCUGACGGGGCGCCUGGGGGUGCGCAGUGGGGUCACCCACAACUUCGCCAUCUCCUCGCUCGGGGGCCUCCCCCUCAACGAGACCACCCUGGCCGAGGUGCUGCGGGAGGCUGGCUACAGCACGGGGGCUAUAGGCAAGUGGCACCUGGGACACCACGGCUGCCAUCACCCCAGCUCCCGCGGCUUUGACUACUACUUUGGGAUCCCCUACAGCCACGACAUGGGCUGCACGGACACCCCUGGCUACAACGUGCCGCCCUGCCCGCCCUGCCCGCGGCACAGCGCCGCUGCCAGGGUGGCGAGGAAGGACUGCUACACAGAGGUUGCCCUGCCUCUCUUCGAGAACGUCACCAUCGUCCAGCAGCCCGUGGAGCUGGGCAGCCUGGCCAGGCGCUACGCGGAGGAGGCAGAGCGCUUCAUCCAGAGGGCCAGUGACAGUGGACGUCCCUUCUUCCUCUACGUGGCCCUGGCCCACAUGCACGUCCCGCUGGUCCCCCCGCUGCCCCCCACUCCGGGCAGGGGCAUCUACGGAGCCUCCCUGGCAGAGAUGGACGCGCUGGUGGGACGGAUAAAGGAGGUGGCUGACAGCCUCGGGAAGGGCAGCACGCUCCUGUGGUUCACAGGUGACAAUGGCCCCUGGGCACAGAAGUGUGAGCUGGCGGGACGCCUAGGGCCAUUCGUGGGUGCCUGGCAGAGGCAGCGAGGUGGGAGCUCAGCAAAGCAAACAACCUGGGAAGGAGGGCACAGGGUGCCAGCCCUGGUGUACUGGCCUGGCCGUGUCCCUGCCAGGAGGACGAGCCACGCUCUGCUCAGCAUCCUGGACAUCUUCCCCACGCUGGUGGCUCUGGCUGGGGCAGCCCUGCCCCCAAACAGGCGCUUUGAUGGCUUGGAUGUGUCCCCAGUUCUCUUUGGCUGGUCGGAUGUGGGGCACAAGGUCCUGCUGCACCCCAACAGCGGUGCCGCCGGGAAGGCGGGCGAGAUCCAGGCGCUGCGGCUGGCUCAGUACAAGGCGUUCUACACCACAGGAGGGGCCAUGGCCUGUGAUGGCAGCACUGGGCCGGCACAGCAGCACCAACCACCCCUCAUUUUCAACCUGGACCGUGACAUCCAGGAGCAGGAGCCUCUGGACGUGGCAUCCAGGGAGUACCAGGCAGUGCUGCCUGCCAUCAGCAGGGCUUAUGCCCAAGCUCUGCAGGACAUUGCAGCAGACAACGUCUCGGUUGCAGAUUAUUCCCAGGAUCCAGCUGCAAUUCCCUGCUGCAACGUGCAGCACGUGGGCUGCCGGUGCCAUGGGGCUCUUGGAGCCACGCAGGAUCCCCACGGGGAAAGGAGAACACCACGGCUUUGCCUUUGAGCAAAUAAUUGCUCAGGCUGCUUCUUUCCCAAGGGUGGUGUCUGAACUCCAGGCUGGAGGUGGCCAUGGAGAGGGAUGGAGGCUCUGGUUCCCUUUGGUCUGUGCUGGGAAGAGGGAGGUGAGUUGGCUGUGGGCCUUUGGACUUUGGGCAUGUGGAAGGCUUUUUGUAGGGCUUUUAUCUGGGAAAGAGACAGCUCUUGGAUUAAAACUACCUUCUGUGAAAG